AUGCUUGGCAAAUACAUUCUAGAAGAUGAGCCAGCUGUGCAAAAAUCAGAGAAUGCUUGGACAUAUAACCCCAGACAGGGUCUGGGAUUGCGACUCAAGAAAAACUUCCUGAAGUUGUUCUUAGCCAAGAUCGUCUCCUGCAAAGUUCAAGGAUUUAACUACGACGACUUCAUUCCUACCUUCAACAUGGAAUCCUUUUCUUCUGCAGCAAUGACCCCGGAGUCUAGUAUAUCCUCCUCCGUUUCAAGCAUUGAUACACUAUCGUCAGAAAUAUCGAAAUUAUCAAUGGAGGAAAAGAAUGGUCAGAGUACUUCGAAAGCCCUGAACCAGGAAGACUUACUGAAAAGACUUCAGGCAAAAUGCCACUCACCGGCUCAUAGGCCCCAAUGGAAGGGGAUAAUCCGCUUGGACCUGUUCAAGCGCACACUAGGUGGCCAUAAUCAUCACCAUCAGGGCAAACCUGGCAAUCGCACAGCCAGAGACGCAGUGGUCAUCGACUUCAUUGCCUAUCUCGCUGCCGUGGACUUUUUAACUGGUGAAGUCCUCGUCGAUAGUUACGUUAAUCCCCAGAGGAAGAUAUUCAACUGGUGUACUCGCUACAGUGGUAUCACGUUUAGAGCUAUGAAGAAGGCGAUAGCUAACGGCGACGCCCUGCGUGGGUGGAUGGGGGCGAGACGCGCCCUGUGGGACUAUAUUGAUAGUGAUACCGUGCUGAUUGGGCACGAUAUAAAAAAUGAUUUAAACUGCCUUGGGAUGAUCCACCCCAAAAUAGUCGACUCGACUAUCCUAACGGCAGAAGCUGUGUUCAGGCCCAGAUGGGAAACCCAGCGAUUUAGGAGGACUUGGUCGUUGAAGACGCUGUCGAGGGUGUUCCUCGACAGGUCUAUCCAAGAUGGUUCUAAAGGGCACAGUGCGCUGCAGGAUGCUGUUGCCACGAAAGAUAUCGUUAUUUUCUGCCUUGAACAGCCUGAAUACUUGAAGAAAUGGGCGGAGUUUGCAAAAGGAGGAUGGGAGAAUAUUCCCGAUGACUUUGAGACACUGAAGUCUAUUGUCGAAGAUGGUAUCCAAGUCUCGGAUUACCUUUGA